CUCAGCCUGCAAUACAAGAUAAUCUUUUCCAGGAGACCACAGAGUAGAUGGACAGUUAAUGCUUCUGCAGCAAAGCCCUUUCCCUCCGCAGACCUGAGCAAUGUCUUCUGAUGAGCACUGGUCUCCAGGCGAAGAUGACAGUCAAACAUCUAAACUAGUUAGAAAAUCUCGGGAUUCCCCCUUCGUCCCCAUAGGGCUGGCGGGCUGCUUUGCUGUAGUAGGUUAUGGUCUUUAUAAGCUCAAGCACAGAGGAAGCCAAAAAAUGUCAGUUCAUCUCAUCCACAUGAGAGUUGCAGCGCAAGGCUUUGUUGUAGGUGCAAUAACAAUAGGUGUUCUAUAUUCUAUGUACACAGAUUACAUCAAAAACUUGGAUGGGAGUGGGCCGAAGAAAUGAUCAACCUCACAGAAGGAGAGACGAAGAGCAAAGCAUUACUUUUCAGUAUUAUUUUAGAAUACCUAUAUGUAUGAGAGCGUUUAAAAAUGUAUUCCAAGCAUAGUGUCAAGAUUUCUGCUAGCUCUGCUAUUUAUUAAAAGAGCUGCUAUAUGCUCAAGCCAAGCAGUGGACUUGUAUCUGCGCUUGGUUUCCAAAUGUAAAUCCUCAA